ACAACUACCACAAAAAGGUUUAAACUAACGAUGAAAAAUAUGAAGACGAACAUCAUUUGGAGGUUUCCCCUUGUGGUUGUAGUCUUAUUAUUAUUGGUUACUCUGGCAUCUCAUCAUCAAGCGAUGGCGGAUGAUGAACCUGUCUACUCAUGCUAUCGACAUUGCAUGGGACAUUGUAGCGAAGGACCAAUUAUAUGCGAUGAUAAGUGUCUUAAGAAAUGUCGUCCUCCAAGUUCGAAGAAAGAUUCAGAAAAUACCGUUACAGGCAUAGUUCCAAAUCAAGGUUAGGACUGAAUAAUGUGAGUAGGUUUCUGGUUAUCAAAUAAUAACCUCAUAUGUAAUGAGAAUAAAAUAUAUAUGUUCUUUGUGUUACGAAUAAAGAAGAGAGUUAUUACUUGUCAUCCUACUUUUUACUAUAAUCGCCCUAACUUUCAAGUUAAAAAUACGUACUUAUCAUUCUCAUUUUAUUGAGUUUUUAUUAUGACGGAGGCGGCAGCCGGACAACUUAAAGGAAUCAUCUUUCUUUCUCGAAAAUAUUCAUGAUCGUAUAGAGGAACAAAUUUAGAAUUUACCCAAUUGAAUUAUGAAUCCCCCCAGCUCGAUUAAUGUUGGCAAACGCCACGAAGCAUAAUUGAAUUUUUCCAGUAAGGAAGGGGACGGAGACUGAGUGGCCCAAAAAUUAGAGAAUAUGGAUCAGACGUCAUAGAUAGAUAGAGAGAGAGAGAGAGAGAGAGACGCUGAAAUUAAGCUGAGUCGGGUGGUUGAGAUGGAAUACAUGCAGCCGUAUUAGAGAAGGACGGAGGCGGCGAGACUGAGUGGUUGCAGAGGAGGACGGCGACGACUGAUUGGAUGGUCUUCUGGCGGAUGAGUUACGCGAUUUUCUUUCAAAUUCGUUUGGAUUGUGAUUUUAUUUCUGAAAGUUACUUAAUUUUUACGUUCAAAUUUGGACGAUAAUAGUAAAAUUAUGGUGAUAAUCUUAGCGUUCAAAUAAUGAAAAGAAAAAAAAAAUGCAACUAAAACCUAAGCAAAGGGAAAUUGCAAAUCUUCAAACAAUGGGGCACAAGAAACAAGAAAGGGUAAAAGGGAAAUUGCAAAUCUUCAAACAAUGGGGCACAAGAAACAAGAAAGGGUAAAAUUCAAGCAAUGUCCUUCUUAAUCAAUAACCAGUUUCAAGAUUAGGAGUGAGCUAUAAUUCGGAUCACAGUGUACCAAAUAGGACCAUAUCAAAUUUCGGAUCAAUCGAAUCAUUCGUAUCUUUUGAUUUGAUUUUGGUUCCCGUAUUUUCACUAGUUCCUGGACUAAGUACAACUUUAUUUGAAUUACUUUCUAAUGUUCUAUAUUGUGUGAUUGCAAAAGGUUUAGUUAUGGCUAGUGAGGAAUUUAGAGAAUUAUUGGAUGGUAUAUAUGACGUGUAUUGGAGAUUGGAGAGCGAUGAUGCAUGGAAGAAUGAAGAUUAGAGAAACAAUUAUCUAGACUACUUUUAAGAGAGGAUAAGAAGACUUUAGCUUUUUACAUUUAAACAUUAGUUUUCGCUUACACCUUUGCAGAAUGUUUUAGAACAUUUGGUUUUUCAUGAAUUGAUAAGUAUUUAAAUUGAGAUCAUUUGAUGACUUUCCUUUCCGUGUAGUUACUUUUACUUAGUAUUUUUUUGUCCUUUAAAAGUAAUCUUAUUAGUAUUUUAGGAUUACUCGGUCUAAUGGGAUGGUCCAGAUCGAAUCGAACCAUCUAUGGUUCCACCAAGACUGAAUCGAAUAAAUAACGAUUCAACUUUGGUCCUUAAUUUUAAAGAAAUUUGGGUUCGACCGUGAAAUGGUUGGUCCGGUUUUUUUUGGUUUAAACCGAAAUCGAAUCGAUAAGGAUCAAUCGGUAAGGAUAUGAAGAGGAGGCCAAGUCAGAAGAGAACAGGAAGGUCAAUCUAUCUUCAUGUGCACAUGUUUUUAUCCGUUCGACCUUAUUGUGUUUUUUUUGUUUCAAAUCGGUUUGUAUCGUCGAUUUAAACCGAGAAAUCGGUACGUACCAAAAACAUUCUAGGUGAGAGGUGUAGGGAGUUUCAGUUUUGAUUAGGGGUGAUGGGGUUCAGUUUUGUAUUUUUUGUUUUCUAACUGAAACCGAACCCUUAAAGAUUUUUUUUUUUUGGUUUUGGUCUAAUUCGAUUUGUAUUUUUUCAAAAUGGAUUCGAUUCGGUUGACCGAAUCAAACCAAACCAACACCCUAGUACGUACAAUGGAAGCUACAACUGUUGGGUUCGGAAACAACGAUAGUUCAACGACACGUCGGCCUUAAGGAUUAAGGAAUGGUAAUUACUUCUCUCUCUCUGCUAACUAACCUACUGGCCUAAUUUCGUAAACACCUACUAUAUGAAAGCUGUAGCAGAUACGUGCAUGCAUGCAUGCAUCUCUUGUCUUGUUUCGUUGUAAAUUCAAAUUUUCAAAGUGCCGGUCCACCGUGGACAUAUGGCUGGCGUUCAUGGGCUGGGCCGGCUUUAACGUACGUCCAGGAGCCCAACCGAAUUCAAAUUGAGCCACAGUGGAAAAGCUCUAAAAUGUAUCGCCGGUCCAGUCCGAAUGCCAUUGGGAGAAGGGGAGAAAAAGGAGCUUCGGCCUUUUCAAAGAUAAGAAUGCUGGGAAACGUUUCAGCCCACAGUUCCUUGCUGGGCCUACUACCAGAAUCCGGAGUCAACGAGAAAUUGAGAGGUGACGACGAAGCCACCUCCAUCUUUUCGAGUGGCCGUAGUUCCUCCGGCGUCCACCAUCGGCGUCACCGGCUUCUUCCUCUCCGGCAUGCAUCCCUUCCCGUCCAAUCCCACUUGACAGAAACGAAGAACAAGGAGAAGGAGGCAUAAGAAGAUUUAUGUUCCCCUUUUUCAAAUUCUAGAGCAAAAUAGUAAACUCAGCCAUCCAUAUAUAAACUGAACUUCGGAGAAACUCGCUUCCGGCUUUCAUCUUCUGCGGCGGACGGUAACGAGCUUGGCUCACCGCUCCUGCUCCUAAUCUUCUUUCAGUUUGACUGGCCUGGUCUUCUCAGCGGCGACCGCGAAGGGUAAAACCUGUUUUGGUGUGAAAAUUUUGGAACUUUUUUCCCUCUGUUUUCUUGGGUUUCAUGCAUGUAAUUAGGUGGUUUUAAGCCUCGUUGUAUCUGAGUAAGCAUUAGAUUGCCUCUAUCGAUGGUGCAAAUGGGUUAUUUCUUCAACCUUCAGGCUUGAACUGCUGCAGACAUCUAUCUAUGCUUGGUUCCAAUUGCAUGAGUCAAGUUGUUCUAUUCUGCCACCGGGGUCUAGUUUGGUUUGUUGUUCUGAAAAUCGUGGCUUGCUUAUCUCUUAAAAUCAACGAUUUGCAGGGGCAGAUAGAGAAUUAGGUGGAGAGGGAUUUACUUUGUAAACAUGGCUUUCACAUUGUUCAGGAACGUCAUCCAAGCUCAGCCUUUGUUUCUGCAUUCAUCUGCUUUGCUUAGAAGGAAGAACGGGGUUUUGUAUUGCACAAUGAAGAGCACCUCACAGUCACAAACUCAGACAGCCACGGAAGAAAAGCAGCAGCAGAAGAGUCCACAAAAAGUCAAAGUUUCUCCUCAGAAGCAGAUGAAGGAAGUUAGUAAAAUCGCGGCAGAUUAUGAGGCAGUCAUUGGCAUAGAAACCCAUGUCCAGCUCUCUACAUUGACCAAGGCUUUCUGUAGUUGCCCUUACAGUUAUGGUGCCCAACCAAACACCUGUAUCUGCCCAGUUUGCAUGGGUCUUCCGGGUGCUUUACCAGUUCUGAAUUCGAGAGUCAUUGAGUGUGCUGUGAAACUAGCCCUUGCGCUGAAUUGCAAGCUCUCUUUCAGUUCCAAAUUUGACAGGAAACAGUACUUCUACCCAGACCUUCCAAAGGGCUACCAAAUAUCUCAGUUUGAUAUCCCGAUUGCAACUGGUGGUUCUAUCGACCUGGAUCUUCCGCUUGAAUUUGGUGGUGGUCAUAGGAGGUUUGGUAUCACAAGAAUUCACAUGGAAGAGGAUGCUGGCAAGUUAAUGCAUUCAGGAAAUGGGAGUUACUCACUGGUCGAUUUGAAUAGAGCUGGAGUCCCAUUGUUAGAGAUUGUCUCAGAACCAGAUAUGAGAACUGGCAUUGAAGCUUCUGAGUAUGCUGCAGAACUUCAAAGAGUUGUUCGAUACUUGGGAGUCGGUAAUGGUAAUAUGCAAGAAGGUUCGCUGCGUUGUGACGUGAAUGUCUCGGUUCGACCGAUUGGACAGGCAGAAUUUGGGACAAAGGUUGAGAUAAAAAACUUGAACUCCUUUUCAUCAAUUAACAGAGCUAUUGACUUCGAGAUAUCUAGGCAAGUCAAUCUCCAUAAUCAAGGGCAACAAGAUUCAAUUGUACAGGAAACUCGUCUUUGGGAAGAAGGUGCACAGAAAACAGUUACUAUGAGGAAAAAGGAAGGGCUAGCUGAUUACCGAUAUUUCCCUGAACCAGAUCUUCCUGAAGUCGUUCUUACAAAAGAUUAUGUGGAUAGUGUUGGUAAAUCCUUGCCUGAGCUUCCAGAAGCUAAACGUAGGAGGUACGAGGAGAUGGGGUUAAGCAUGCAAGAUGUUCUUUUCCUUGCAAAUGACAUAACAGUGGCAGACUUUUUCGAUGCGACAAUUCAGAAGGGUGCUGAUGUGAAGCUAGCUGCAAACUGGAUCAUGGGUGAUAUUGCUGCCUACAUGAAAAAUGAGAAGUUAUCGAUAAUUGAUAUCAAACUUGUGCCCCAUGAGCUGGCUGAGCUGAUUGCUUCUAUUAAAAGCGGGACUAUUAGUGGGAAGAUCGGAAAGGAGAUACUGUUCGAACUCUUGGCCAAAGGUGGAACUGUGAAGGGACUGAUUGAAGAGAAGGACCUUGUCCAGAUAACGGAUCUUGGUGAUAUUGAGAAGAUGGUCGAUAAGGUGAUUGCAGAGAACCCGAAGCAGUUGGAACAGUACAGAUCCGGGAAGACGAAGCUGCAAGGUUAUUUUGCCGGCCAGGUAAUGAAAGCAUCAAAAGGCAAGGCGAACCCUGGGGUCUUGAAUAAGGUACUCGUCGAGAAACUAAAUGCCAAAGUCUGAAGGCAACACUGGCAGAUGCUUGCAAGAAAGAAGCCAUGUCAAAAGAUAAUACAGGCUGCACUUCCAACACACUGCAAACGGGAUGGAAUUAGAGCCUUAAUCAAUGACUAGGUUAUGU